UCUUAUUUGGUUGUUAUAUGAGCAGGGCUCACUGUGUUUGGGUUCCCAUACUGACCGUCUAUAUCCACGCAGUACUAGCGUAUGUUGGUACGAUUGGCUGCCUCGCCUCUUAUACAUUAUUCUCACAGCAGCCUCCGAAAGACAUAGAACAGAAUGUUUAUUUUGCAGGCAGUGCACGUUAUCAUUGUAUGAUGUGAUGAUUGCCAGCUGCCAUGAGCGGGAGGCAUGGCACGUGACUGGGAGGAGCGUGACUUUGCCUGGCUUUGUCUG